AUGAUGAUGAUAGUUUUUGCUGAAGAAGAAUUAUUAUCAAUAAUAAGGUACAAAAACAAAAUUUCUGCAAAAGAAAGUGUACCAAAUGGAAAGUCAAUUACAACUGAUGAUGAUGAUAGUAAUACGAAUUCAAACAGUUUUGAAUAUCCAGAUGAAAAUUUAAAAGACGAAAUUACUGUCAGAGAACGAGCAACAAUUGAUCUUCUUCCUCGUGUGACGCCAAAUUCAACGUCAUCUAUUUCUGUAAGACAUAAUGAGAAUAGUAAUAUUAAUAAUGACACAAUUUCUACUGAAAAUCAUCUAAAUGCUCAAAAUACGGCUGAAAUGAUUGAUGAAAACGAUCAAGUAGAAAAAAUAGAAAGUGUACGUAAGAAUCAAUGUAGAAUAUGA